AUAGUAUAUUACAUAACUAACUAAUCACUCUGUUAGUAGUUGGUUGUAUUGAAUAUUCGUUCAUAUGGUGUAGCCAAAUGGUGCUUCUACUCUCUUCAAUCAACACUCACACUCACACUCACACUAUCCCACUCACUUUCACCUUCAAACCCCACCGUCACCCUCGCCACCCCUCUUGUUUCCUCCAAACCAUCAACGCCAACCCUAACUCCGAUUCCGAUGACGACCCCCGCAACAACUUCACCACUCUCACCCUCACUUCCACCCGCGCCCUCGCCUCCGCCAUUCGUAAAGUCUCCACCUCACCCGUUGAGUUCACUCAGCGACUCGAGAAACAUCGCUCAACCGGACUCGUUCUUCCUAGCCCUGACUUCCAUACACUCUGCCUUCAACAGCUUCAGCUUUUUCGCAGAAUCGUCCCCGAAGCUCUCCUCUCGGUGUAUGUUAGACCGGCAGGUAGUUAUGUGAUGGAUCGAUUGGAGCUGCGGAGGGUUGCAUUGUACCCUGGAGGAGAUGAUGAGUCAGAGGCAGAAGGCAUUCUCAUUCUUGUCGGUCAUUUUAAUGUUCCAGCCGGCUUGCGAGCCGCCGAGACUGCUCUUUCCGAAUUGCAAGUUAAGGUUGUCCCUGAAUGUAAGGCUGUAGUUCUUCCCAUGGUUAAACACCCAUUUGUUGUUGGUUUCUUGGUUGCUGAGCUUCCACUGGUGGAGCUCGAAACUUGUGAGAAGGCUCAAAGUGAUAGGUCCGAUAAUCAUGUAUCUGCGGAGGAAGUUUAUUCACUUUCUCCAUUUUUGGAUUUGGAUAAGAAGUCUUGGGAAGUUCAGAGGCUUCGGGUCAAGGAUGAGCCGGUUGGUAUGCGCAACUUCACGUCCGAUCAAAGAUCAAAUGCUAUCGACAUUUCACAGUCUCUGGCUAUGGCAUAUGUUAUGGAUCAGAAAGCAAUGUUACUUCAGCAAUCAACAUGGCAAAAUAAUGUCAGGAUGAGUAAUCUGGUUGAGCAAAUCCGUGGUCCACUUUCAAGUAUUCAAACCUUGAGUAAAAUUCUAUCUACACAAACAAAGAAAAGCCAGAUUUCAUAUGACAUUGUUGAGGAUAUCUUGAUGCUAGGUGAUCGUCUGAGUGAUGUUCUCCAACAACUCCAAGAUGCUGUUUAUUUGACAAAAGCUAAUAUUAUGCGCUACAAUGAAGAAGCAAUCAAGAAAAUGAAUGGUUCUAAUCACAUACUUGCUGAGUCAGAAAAAACUCAAUUGCUAGAUAGUUCCUCAAGGGAUGGCUCUGCAAAUAAAAUGAAUGAAACUGGUGUUGAGCCAUUUUCUCUUAGCACUACUGCCCAGGAUAUAGAGAUGCCCCUACCACCUUUAGCUCUCGCUCCACAACGACACGGAAUCAGACCGUGCAAUGUUUCUGAAGUAUUGGCAGACUUGGUUGAUACAAUCAGACCUCUUGCUCAGAAUCAAAAACGUGUAAUAGAACUAAAUCAAUUCUCAUCACCUUUGCUAGCUGCUGUAGAAGAACCUGCUUUGCGCCAGGCUUUCAGCAACCUUAUUGAAGGUGCUUUACUGCGUACACGUGUUGGAGGAAAGGUUGGAAUUGUGUCUACUGCUGCACCAGCUGGCGGUUCCCUCGUACUUAUUGAUGAUGAUGGGCCUGAUAUGCACUAUAUGACGCAAAUGCAUUCACUCGCACCGUAUGGACAAGAACUCUUAGCUGAAGAUAUGGUUGAAGACAAUAUGACAUGGAACUUUGUUGCUGGGCUUACUAUUGCUCGUGAGAUACUGGAGAGUUAUGGUUGUGUUGUGCGCAUUAUAUCACCUCGGAUCAAAGAUGCUCCGCUUGGAACUGGGGGAACUCUUAUAGAACUUUGGCUUCCUAUGGAAGUUGUUAAAUCUGAUGUAUAGAGCAUGAGUUUGAAGUUACGUGAAAGAUAAAUUGAUACACUCCCAAACAGUUCCACCUCACAGCACCUGAGAGUUGAGAAACUGGCCAGAAUAAGAAUGUAUGGUAAAUAUUACUAAUUCCUUCUUUAUCAUUGCUGAAGAUAUGUAUCCAGUUCUGUAUAUAGCUCGUAAGAUUUUUUGGUGCAUAGUCAAUUUUAUGAUAUUGUUGAUAAUAUCACGUAAUGUAAACAAUGGAAAUUUUUUUUGAAGAAAUGUAAACAAUGUAUUACAAUCAUAUAAAAAGGUACGCGGUUUAUGAGUCUGUA